GCGUGGUGCCCCAGCAUGGAUGGCUACGUGGUCCUGAGAGUGAUCGGAGAGGGCUCCUUCGGCCGAGCCCUUCUGGUUCAGCAGGAAAGCAGUAAUCAGCUAUUUGCCAUGAAGGAAAUAAGGCUUCCCAAGGUCACUGCUGAAGCCAUUAGCUCAAGUUGAAAAUGGACAUGUAAUUUGCCCAGGAAAAUGAGUUCUUGAGAUUUAACAUGGAAUUGCUCUUUCGUGCAAAAGAUAUAAUGGGUUUAUUCAUUAGCUUUACAAGACCUUGAUGUAUUUUAUAUGGAUUUUAGGUAAUUUUUGUGAUUAGCACAAAGGGAGAAAAAUAGUCUAGGUGGCGAUUGCUGUUUAUUUUAUCUCAAUGAAUAAUCUCCAAUUUUGCCUACCUAAGAGGGUAAGAAGCUUUGCCAGAAGCAGCUCAGGUGCCAUAUUAAUGAAAACAGAGCAUAAAAAAAUACAGUGAAGAGCAAAAUCCUAACCUGUAACCUUUGGUAUCAGGGAAGCUAUUUUGUGGAUCAGUUUUGGGUUUUAUCUCCCUGGAAGGUGAGGAAGGUGCUGCCUUAUCCUUGUUUAUCAUAGUUGUCACAGGAGAGAAUUUGUGCCAUGGAGGCUGCUUAAGAGUAUCUUAAUCAAUUUUCUAAAAAUACAUUUUAAUAAAAUUCUCAGAAUUCUAAGUAUUUAUUUCCCCAUGGUGUUCUUGACCUCUUUUAGUGAUUCUCGAGUGGGCUUCAAAGUCAUCUGGAGGUUAAAACCUAGAUUGCUGCGCCCACCCCUGAGUUUCUGGUUGAAUAGGUCCAGAUGGGCCUGUGAAUUUGCAUUUUUUUUUAAAGAUUUGCUUAUUUUGGAGAGAGAGAGAGAGCACAAGCAGGAAAGAGAGAGGGAGAGAGAGAAUCUCAAGCAACCUCCCCGCUGAGCACAGAGGCCAACAGGGGACUCCAUCGCAAGACGCUGAGAUCAUGACCUGAGCUGGAAUCAGGAGUUGGAGGCGUAACCUACUGAGCCACCUAGGCGCCCCCUUUUUAAAUAUCUUUUUUUAAUUCCUUUUUUUUUCCAACGGCCGUUUCUUUCUUUCUUUAAAGAUUUUAUUUAUUUAUUUGAGAGAGAGAGCACAUGAGAGGGGGGAGGGUCAGAGGGAGAAGCAGACGCCCUGCUGAGCAGGGAGCCUGAUGCGGGACUCGAUCCAGGGACUCCAGGAUCAUGACCUGAGCCGAAGGCAGUCGCUCAACCAACUGAGCCACCCAGGCGCCCCCAACAGCAGUUUCUUAAUUGAAAGAUAAGUCAUUCGGGAUUUUGUGCUUGGAGAUCUCUCUCUGGUACACAGAAUUCUAGGAAGGAGGCUGUUCUGUUAGCCAAAAUGAGACACCCCAAUAUUGUUGCCUUUCAAGAAUCAUUUGAAGCUGAGGGACACCUGUAUAUUGUGAUGGAAUAUUGUGACGGAGGGGACCUAAUGCAAAAGAUAAAGCAUCAGAAAGGAAAGUUGUUUCCUGAAGAUAUGAUACUUAAUUGGUUUACACAAAUGUGCCUUGGAGUAAAUCACAUUCACAAGAAACGUGUGUUACACAGAGAUAUCAAGUCCAAGAACAUCUUCCUCACCCAAAAUGGAAAAGUAAAACUGGGAGAUUUUGGAUCUGCCCGUCUUCUCUCCAGUCCUAUGGCAUUUGCUUGUACAUAUGUGGGAACACCUUAUUACGUGCCGCCAGAAAUUUGGGAGAACAUGCCUUACAACAAUAAAAGUGACAUCUGGUCCUUGGGAUGCAUUCUGUAUGAGCUCUGUACCCUUAAGCAUCCAUUUCAGGCAAACAGCUGGAAAAGUCUUAUUCUCAAAAUAUGUCAGGGGUCCCUGGGCCCACUGCCGUCUCAGUACUCCUGUGAACUCCAGCAUCUUAUCAAGCAGAUGUUUAAAAGGAAUCCCUCACAUCGCCCUUCCGCUACAACACUGCUCUCUAGAGGCUCUUUGGCUCGGCUUGUCCGCAAGUGCUUACCCCCAGAGAUCAUCACAGAAUAUGGCGAGCAGGUAUUAGAAGAAACCAAAAACUCUAAGCAUAGUACACCAAGGAAAAAAGCAGACCCCAGCAGAAGCAAGAUAGCUUUGGAAAAUGAAGCAACCACGAUGCCAAGGGAAGAAGAAGCUAGAAAGUACAGUCACACUAACUUAGAAAACAUUAAUAAAAAUUCAGUUGAAAGUACACUGGGGACAGUAAACAAAGAAAAAGAUAAUAAAUCAGUCCAUCUGAGGAAACUCAGUUCACCAAGUCCUGUCAGGCAACAGUGGGAGAAAAAUGUCCCCAGCACAGCUCUCACGGCUUUGGAAAAUGCAGCCAUACUCUCCUCCAGUUUAGUAGCCGGGGAUGAGAGAGGUGGUUCUGUAAUAAAGUACAGUGAAAAUAACACCCGUAAGCAGUGGCUGAAAGAGACUCCAGAAACUCUGAUGAACAUCCUUAAGAAUGCAGAUCUCAGCUUGGCGUUUCAAACAUAUACAAUAUAUAGACCAGGUCCAGAAGGGUUCUUGAAGGGCCCCCUGUCUGAAGAAACAGAAGCGUCAGACAGUGUGGAUGGAGGUCACGAUUCUGUCAUUUUGGACCCAGAGAGACUGGAACCUAGACUGGAUGCAGAGGACACGGACUUUGAGGAGGAUGACGCCAGGCCUGACUGGGUGUCAGAACUGAAGCAGCGAGCUGGCUGGCAAGAAGUGUUGGAUGGGUAACGCCCAAGGAAGUGCUCCUUUGUCACAUCGGGUAGAUGUUUAAAGUGGGGAAUUAAUGUUUGGAUAAUAUCAGCUCACGGGAUUCAGUUUUCUUUGGGCACAGAAUGAAGAGGGGGAAACUGUGAAUAUUUAAAAUUGUUCCUGAUUAGUACCACAAGGCUUAAAAAAUCUGUAACUCUCAUGAGUUUUUGAACUGAAAGGAAAAGGCGUGGAAGAAUGGCUCUGAGCUUCAGGCUUUGCAGUUGGAACAGAAAUCGGAUGCUACUGCUUACAGUUUGUGUGAUUGUGGGCAAUUAUUUAAACUCUUUGAGCCCCAGUUUCCACGACUCUAAAAUGAGGGUGAUAAUGCCUUCCUCAUAAGGUGCUGACCAGAGACCAUGGCAGCAGCCCAUCAUGUUAUUUCUGCACUGUUACGAUUGGUGCUUAGUUGCUGUGUAACUCUUUUUACAUUUAUGAAAGGUUUGAGGAUCUAAAUAAAUUUACUUGGAAAAUAA